AUGUGGGGCUUCUACGCCUCCGCCAUGGCUGCUUGCAGCCUAACAGUGAUUUUCCUGCUGCGCAAGCUGGCGGCGCCCAAGGUGACGCCAGUCGUGUUGGCCGUCACGUUUGUUGGCUGGCUGACCUCGCUGUCGGUGGUGGCGCUGGUGCCCAUUGACGUCUACUCGGCGCUGGGGCACAAGGACCCCGGCUCGCUGGACAUACUGUGGAGCAUCUCCUACUGGUCGACGCAGGUGCUGACAUGGGCGGUGAUCCCCGUGCUGCAAGGCUACGCCAUCUCGGGCGCCUUCACCAUCCUGGGCCGCGUCUGGCACUCGCUCAAGCGCCUGUGGGUGUUCUACCUCAUCAUCGGCGCCCUAGCCGCCGCCGGCAUCGUGGCCGCGCUGGCGGCGGGCAAGCUCAAGCUGGCCACGCUGCCUGCCCUGGUCUUCACCUUGUCCAACACAUACGGUCUGGUUGUGCUGGUGGCGCUGCUGGGGUACGGCAUGGUGGAGAUCCCGCGCAUCUUCUGGCGCCGCUCCUUCCCCGAGGCGCGCCUCAAGUGGCACUACCACCGCGUGGGGCGCGCCGCGGACAAGCUGACCGACGCCAGCGACGAGCUGGAGCGCGUGCUGGCCAUCGUGCUGGCCACCAGCCAGCAGAUCCCGCGCGGCGACACGCAGCUGCGCCACUACAUGGACCUCAUCAUCCAGUACGCCGACGACUACUCCCCCGUGCGCCUGGCUGCGCUGGCCCGCUCCAAGGUCAGCAUCGAGCGGCUGGAGGAGAGCGACCUGGACUACGCCACCAGCGCCGCCAGCCUGGCCAGCCUGAGGGGGCGCCUCAAGGCCGCCAUCGCCAACUUCCAGGGCUGCUCGGGGGAGUAUGUGGACUUUGUGAAGAAGGCCAUUGACCUGGAGGCGGUGUGCAAGUCGCGGCAGCACGGCGUGUGCGUGCCCCCCAGCGGCAAGAAGGGGCGGUGGGCGGAGGCCAAGUGGACGUACAAGUGCCGCGUGCGGCCCUGGGUGCUGCGGGGCAUGGCGCUGGGGGCGGGCGCCGCGUCGGCGGUGGUGGUGUGGAGCGAGGCCACCAUCGGCACGGGGCGCUCCCCCGACCUCUCCCCCUUCUCCAUCAUGCUACACAGCGGGGCGCGGCGCAGCGAGUUUGGGGAGCAGGUGCUGGUGGCGCUGCCGCUGGGCUACAUGUGCGCCUGCGCCUACUUCUCCCUCCUCAAGCUGGGCAACUUCUCCUUCUACCACGUGGUGACCAAGGGCACCUGGGCCUACUCGCUGCUGCUGUGCAGCUCCCAGAUGGCCCGUUUCGCCGCCCCGCUGUGCUUCAACUUCCUGCACGUCAUCCGCAUGAACGACGUCAACAGCGGCGAGCAGAGCAUGGUGUUCUUCCAGAAGAUGGGCGCCAUGAGCUCCGACGUGCCCAUCCUGGGCCAGGACUUCAACACCUGGUUCCCGCUCACCAUGCUCAUCUACGUCGCCCUGCUGGUGCUCAACUGGUGGGAGCGCUGCUGCUCCCGCAUCUUCAUCGCCAACCGCUUCCGCUUCGAGGCGGAGCGGGCGGACGACGAGCACACGCAGCGCGGCAUGCGGCUGGUGCAGGCGGAGGAGGAUGCCAUCAGCAAGGGCUGGCCGCUGGGCGACGGCAUCGGCCUGUUUGGCCUGGGCAGCAGCAGCAGCGGGCUGCCUGGGGGCGGCCGCAGCAGCAAGCAGCAGGGGCAGGAGCAGAGCGUGGAGCUGAAUGCGAGCGCUGGGCAGGCAAAGGGUGUGGCGGGCGCAGGUAGCAGCAGCGGGGCGUCGUCGCCGCCGCUGCCGGUAUCCACUUCGCGCCAGCCGCUGUUUGGCGGCGCCAGCAGCAGCAGCAGCGGGCCGGGGGGUGACGGCGGCGGGCGCAAUGGCAGCCCUCCCAGCAAGGCGGAAGCUAUGAGGCAAAAGUACGCCAACCGUGGCAGCGGUUCCACCUCGGCGGCGGCGCCACCACCGAGGGAUCAGCAGCAGCGGCAGCAGGACGAGGAUGGCGCGGUGGACGCCCUGUUUGAGGUGGUGGAGUCGAGGCCUGGCAGGGUGGGCACGUCACGCCUGCUGGACCAGUCUGCGCCUUCCUCUUACAGCUUUAGCUGGAAGCCGCGAGGGCGCUAG